GGGGAGCAUCAAGGCAGGGAGGACGUCCUAGAUCUCGAGGACCUGGAGCUAACUCCUAUCCAGGGGUUGGACCGAGUCAGCAACCCAUGGGACGGGGAGCGGGAAGCCAGAAUCAGGCGGGACUACGCGCUUUGACUAGAGAUGCAGCGGAGGCCGCUACUGAUGUUGUCACUGGCUCGCAGGUGCAACUAGGAUCGGACUACUGAGGCUGCCCUAUCCUUCUGUACUACCAUCAUGAGGUAGUUUGGAACACUGUUCUGUCAUGGU